AUCUUUGUCCGAUCAUCUAAAUACCUGCUUCCUGAAUUCUUCACAGCUGUGGCAGAUGGCUUCAGUCCUCCAGCUUCGAUAUUUAAUCUGAUUUUGUCUUUUAGCGGAUAUCCUUGUAUAAUAUUCAGUUCUUUUCCGCCCGGCACACAGUUGUCGCAAUGCCAUCGGAAUCCUCGAGUCCUUGGCAUCCUGCCUUUAUGCCAAAUUCCGAAGCCGAUCUAAUUGCGACGAAGAAGUCCGCAGAGUCAACACAUGCGAGCUCGCAGCCAGAGCCCACUCCCGAGUCUCCCAAAGCAGAGCCCGUUACGUCUCCAUUAACGGUGGACACUGAGCAUGGCCUGGAAGAGCAGGUAGAAGAGAUAGAGCAUAAUGGGGCGGAUAAUGAUGGACAUCCUGAGCUAUCAAAUCUCCGAGAUGCUCUUGCAACAUCUCUAGCCAGCCCCGGUGGUGUCGAGCUCGAGGAAAGCCCAUUGCACAAUGAAGUGCAACCACCGGAACCCGAGGAGCAGGAAAGGGCAGAUUUCCCGUCAGAAGAACCUUCGAAUGAAAGCAAGCAUUUGAGCACAAUGUCCUUCACUCGGACAGUUUCGCAUGAGGUGAACUGGGGAGAAGACGACGAGGUUGAUCCGGAAUGGAAUCUUCAUCGAACAGAUACUGACCCUUUCAAAUUUAUGGCAAAAUCAGACCGAACCAAUUCUUUUCCUGCGGUCCCACCAGCACACUCCGCGUUUAGUCAUCCAGAGGAACAGCUCUCCCAUUCUCAAGCGGAGGAGAUUAUGAAUGAGGUCGAGCACGAAGGCAAAGAUCUUUUUAGCGAUCAUGGUGACAAUGACGAAGCAGAUUUCUUCAAUGGCACUUCUGGUCAGCAGCAUACCGGUGAAGAGUUUCUGCAUGAUGCGGAAGAUGGUGGAGCCUCAACUUUUGCGCCAGCAUAUGGGGGAGACAUCAGACGGGAAGAGGACGAAGAAGAAGCCCGCUUUGAAGAGGGCCUUCCGCUUGUACAACAUACCGAUCACCCAGAAACGGGCCAGGAAGCUCCGAAUACAAAUCAUGGUGCUUUCGAGGAUGAUGCGAAUGAGGACCACGACUUUUUUGCUCAUGUUAGCAAAGAGGAAGACACGCAACCAGAGCCACACCUCGAAAGGAAGUCUACGAUGCAAGUCAUGGAUUCCUUGGAUUUUCAACCUCAUUAUCAAGCUCAUGAGGACACUAUUGAGGAAGAAAACGAAACAAUGCAAAGCUCACAAAGUUCGCUAGAUAGGUCCAUUGGUGGUGGAAUCGGUGUCUCCACAAGCACAGUGCUAUCCCAAGUCCUGGGCGACCCUAAUGCUCCUAUUCAUAACCAACCCGAAAUACUGGCCGCUCUCGAAUCAGACUCCGGUGAAGGCGAUUUGGCAGCGAAAUGGAAGGCGGCACUAGCUUGUGACGAAUUUCUGGACGACGAUGAUGAAUUGUUGCCAGACGAAGAUGAAGCAGUCGAAAAUGGUGGUGAAAAUAAGACAAUCGAUCCGUCUGACCUCUUUGGAAGUGACGAUGAAGGCUUCCUGGAAGAUACCGAAGAUCAAAGCGGUUCAGACCCCUUUCCCCAACAGAUCAGCCCCCCUAUUCCAGCUCCCGUAACUUCGCCAAAUGGUCACGUGGUUGGAUUUGACAGUCUCACUGGCGCCGUUCAUGGAAGUCGACCAGGAAGCAGUGGUACCAGCAGUAGCCGGUAUCUUCCGGCUGGAGCAGUUGCAAGCGCUCCCAAGCCAGCAAAUACGUACGCGCCCGCGGCACCACUCCUAACAGACUUCAGUCGGCCAGCCACAACAACUUCUGUUCCAUCUCCUUACAUGGCACCUCCGGUCUCAAGCUUUCCCCCUCAGCAGCAACGACCUGAGCUUCCCAAAGCCCAGAGUUUUGCAGACAAGUCAAAGGGCGGCUAUGCUUCACCAUACGACCUGCCCAUGGAAGUUGUGAAGCCUAGAAAGCGUAUAAGCAUGCAGCAAAUGAAUCGACAACCCUCUCCUGCAAAUGCCCCCGCUCCUCCCAGGAGUAGUAGCAUGUUUACACAGCCACCACCUCCGCCUAGAUCAGCGAGUGCCAGUAUGUCGCCUCCCACAAGUAGCCACGGCGUUCCCCAAAAUCAACCCAGGCCCUCUGCUACCCCUACUCUUCCCCAGCCUCCAACUUUGGUAAAGCAAAGCUCAAGCGGCUUCUUUGAGGAACUACCAAUGGCUCACAGGCCGAAGCCAGCACCACGACAUCCGGGAUCAUUUGGGUCACCCGCUCAAAGUACCUUCAUCCACCCAGUGGCCGCUCCCCCACCCCCAAUGGCCCCUCCUCCUGCUCCUCGAGGAUCUUAUGCAGCACCACCUUUACAACAACCAGUUCAACAGCCAAGCAGCCAAACUCUGGUUGCUCCUGAACGCGUCAGUCCUUAUGCAGCACUUCCCACCGCAACUGGACCUCCACCAGCUACUGCAACACGGUACUCCCCAUCGCCGUCUCAGCCAACACUUCAAGCAGCUAUACCUCCCCCUGCUGCUCAAUCUCGGUACUCCCCAGCACCACCAAACCCUCGCCAACACACCCCCUCCUACAGUUCGCCUGCAAAUGCUCCACCACCGGUGCUCGCUCAUCAACCCAGGACCUCGAGUCCGUUAGCACACUUCGAGAGAAAUCAGGACCCCCGACAUGGAUUUCACUCGGAAACUGCAGGCUAUGACCGCCGAAGCAGCUCGUCUGGUUACGAGUCUAAUCUCAGGCAUCAACAUCUUCCUCCUACUAGAGAGGUAGAUGAGAAUGAACAGGCUGUUGUGAAUGGGAAUAGGAAGUAUGGCGAUCUACAGAAUCAAAACAUACCCCAGCCUCGAUCUGUAGCUCAGACUCCUCCACCACCACCGCAAAAUCUUGCCUCCAGACUAGUGAGCUCGCCGCCCAAGCGCAUAGCAUCCAAUUACCAACCUCAGCAGCCUGCUACUGGACCGCCGCAAACAUUUGCGCCUCCGAAGAGGUCACAAACACAAUCGCCAGGAAGUGGAUUUGGUGUGGUGAGACGAGAUAUAAGCCCGAUAGAUCCCUAUCAACGACCUGCUUCUGUGGAAGGCCCGACAUCCCCCAGAGCAGUCAGUGGCUACUCGGCACCAUCUGUUACAUCUUCUUAUUCCCGAAAGCGGGGGUUCUCACAAGGUUACAACUAUAUCGCACCCACCGAUGGACGAGAACACGAUCCGCUUCAAAGGUGGAAAGGAGCACCAGUCUUUGCUUGGGGAGUCGGAGGAACAAUCAUGACCUCUUUUCCGAAAGAUGUGCCUCGGUACGGCAUAGGUCAGACCGCACCGAUGGUUGUUCGAAGUCCUGGUGAAGUCAAGCUUCGAAACAUCAAAGACGUGGAUCCGCUUCCAGAACGCCUCUCAACUUUCCCAGGCCCAUUGAAAAGCAAAGCAAAGAAAAAAGAGGUCAUGUCGUGGCUCACAUCGGGCAUUGCCAUACUAGAGCAAAGUGCUUCAUACCUCCGCACAACCUCGCAUCUAUCGCAUGAGGACAAGCGCAUCGAGGAGAGAAUAUUGCUUUGGAAAAUCCUUCGAGUUUUCAUUGAGAACGAUGGUUUGCUGGAGGGCAGUCCACCUGUUGAAAAGGCGGUGCGAGCUGUAUUGUCGCCUGGCCUGGACGAUAAAGGGUCAUCAACAACGCCUCUCUAUGCUACCGGUGCGGAGCUUUCGGGAAUCUCGGCAUCCUCGGCUCCAAAGGCCGAUGCUGUCGAUCCUAGUGCUGUUGACGAGUUGAGGAAGCACUUACUCCGUGGCGAACGCGAAAAGGCCGUCUGGGAAGCUGUCGACAAGAGGCUUUGGGCACACGCAAUGCUCAUCUCGAAUACGGUGUCGAAAGACUUGUACAAAAGAGUAGCUCAAGAAUUUGUCCAGAAGGAGGUCAAGAACAUUGGUGACAACACGCAACCACUGGCAGCAUUGUAUGAGAUAUUCGCAGGAAACUUCGAAGAAAGUGUGGAUGAACUUGUACCUCCAUCUGCCCGCGCUGGUUACCAAUUGGUCAGCACCUCCAAUGCUGCGGGUCCUUCUAAAGACGCCCUCGAAGGGCUUGAUAGAUGGCGGGAGACUUUGGGUCUCGUCCUUAGCAAUCGUAGCCCUGAUGACAAUCAAGCUCUUAAUGCUUUGGGCAAGCUCCUGUCUGGUUAUGGACGCGCUGAAGCAGCUCAUAUUUGCUUCCUCUUUGCGAGGAGUCUAUCGAUCUUCGGAGGUGUCGAUGAUCCCCAGGCAAGCAUUGUCCUCGUUGGAUCUGAUCAACUCCGACAGCCAUAUGACUUCGACAGAGAAAUGGAGCCUAUACUGCUAAGCGAAGUAUUUGAGUAUGGGAUGUCUCUUGCAAAUCCAGCCGCCAUCGCUGCGUCAACUCCUCACUUGGCUGUGUACAAGCUGCAACAUGCAAAGAUCCUCGCUGAAAAUGGCUUCAGAGACAAGGCCCUACAGUAUUGCGAAAGCAUCGCAACCGCGAUCAGUUCGCAGACGAGGAGGUCGCCAUAUCACCACAAUCUAUUAGUUGCCGAACUUGAUGACCUUAGUAAGCGCCUGAAGUCGUCGCCCAAGGAUGAGACUUCUUCUUGGAUCUCCAAGCCAAGCAUCGAUAAAGCUAAAGGAUCGGUGUGGGCCACAUUCAACAAAUUUGUCGCUGGUGAUGAUAAUGAUACACCAGCUACCGUAUCAAGCGCCGGGAGUGCCAACGAUGUGGGGCCAUUUGCCAGGAUUGCUGGCGGAACACCAACGAUCAGUCGAUCUCCCUCAAAUUCGGACAUUUAUAGUUCAUACAAUAAUGGUCUUGCAAUUCCAGGCAGUGCUACCAAGACUAACUCGAGGUAUGCACCUGGCGGCUCAUAUGGCGCGUCGACUCAUGAACCUCUUUCAAGCUCUUAUGGAUCUCAACCACGGACCUCACUUGAAGAAAGGUCCUCGAACGAGUUCCGAAGAUAUGAACCACAACGGCAGAUGUCUGACUACAGGCCCGCGUCCCAAGCGAGCAAUUCUAUCAACAACUAUAGUCCUCAGACGUCGUCCACUUACACUCCUCAGAACUCGUCCACCCCGUACGGCAAUAACGGCUCGCCGUAUGAGCCUACCUCAGCUUAUGCUCCUCCCCAAACUCCAGUGACUAACCCAGCUACGAACAACUUCUACUCAUCACCACAGCCGCUGAAUAACUCAAAUACUCAUCAGCCGCCUUACGAGUCAUCUCAACCACCCCCCAGCUUUGAACAACCUACAAACAACUACCAGUCAUUCUCCAACAGCUACGAACCUUCUGCUGGAAAUAGCUACGAGCCCUCCACGUCUAGUGGUUACGAAGCGAGUGGUGGCUACGAGCCCCCAUCGAGCAGUUACGAACCUCCAGCCUACGUACCAACAACAAUGGACGAUGAGCCUGACUCCCCUGUCGACACUCGACCACAGAAGAAGUCGUUCAUGGACGACGAUGACGAUGAUAUCCCUGGGCUGAAACAGCAACCGGUUGGGGGCGAGAAGACAAAAGCAGAAAAGGACCGCGAAGCCGAUGAGGCGUUCCGGAAGGCGGCAGAAGCUGACGCACAAAAAGCAAAAGAAUCUGCUCCAGCAAAGAAAGGCUGGGGUCUGGGAGGCUGGUUCGGAGGCAGCAAGAAAGAAGCGGAUAUGGGCGCUCAACCUAACAAACCCAUCCGCGCCAAACUUGGUGAAGCAUCAUCUUUUGUUUACGAUCCUGAGUUGAAGCGAUGGGUAAACAAGAAAGGUGGAGCAGAGGCUACAGAAACCAAGAGUGCCACACCUCCACCACCUAGAGCUGGUCCACCACGAACAGCGAGCAUGCCUCCCUCCACAAGUGCGCCAAGACCAAUGAGCAUGGGUAGCGUGCCACCACCGAUGGCACAACGAGCCGUAAGUGAGUCUGUUCCAGGACCAUCUCAGUCAGAUGGCCAAAGUGAAGCAAGCCAUCCAACCCUCGCACCACCAUCCAUGGCCAGAAGCGCAAGUAACGGCUCCAUCGGCCUGAACGGCGGCCCUCCAUCAAGUGGUCCACCGAGCAGACCAGGCACGGGAAUGAGUAACGCGAGCAGUAUCGACGAUCUGUUAGGACCGGCUAUGCCAAGAAAGGGAGCAGCGGUGAAGAAAGCAGCGAAGAAGAAGGGGAGGGGGUACGUGGAUGUUAUGGGGGAGAAGUAAUUUGUUGCCCCGAGUUGUAUUAUAGAUAGGGUGGAUGGGAAUAUCAUGUUGUAAUAUGUAUCAUAUGCCGUUGCUUCGGAAGCUAUUCUCUGGUGUGUAAGGAAGGGCGCGGGUUCGUUGCUUGCUUGGUUGCAUGGUUUGCGGUGGUAGAGAGGGUGAGGAAGCAGGGAAUUGAUGAAUAAUGAAAGUCGUUCGCCUGUCUGACUUUUGAUGCACUGUUUGCAGCGUGUCAUUCAU